UUUUCGGGCGGAUUAAUUACAACAAAUAAGAUCAUGCUAUUGACAAUGUGUCUCUGUAAACGUUGCAACGUUUCAUCGCCAAAUUGGCACUGCAGGUCAUGAGACUACAGACUAAAUUAGGUUCAUGCCAGGCACAAUUCUGCCAACGCUGCCUACACGAAGGACUAAUCCUCCGUGGCUAUACAGCGUUGGUGACAUUUAUGACAAAAAGGGGACUGCAGAAAGCAAAUUCGUGGAUGAUGAAAUGUCCGCUUACAGCAUCCUUACAGCGUACUACUGGAGCUACUGUAAAGAGGUUUUACAGAAAAACCAACAUUUUGUCCAGCGGUGAUCAGUUUGAAGUGACCCUAGAUCAGAGAAAACUAAAAACUCCAAAAGGGAAGGUGUUUGAAGUCAAUAAUAAACCUCUGGCUCUAGCUGUAGCCAUGGAAUGGGAUAGCCAAGUCGAUAUAAUUGACAGGUCUAACAUGCAUUUGACUGCUUUGGUCAGCACAUCACUGGAUAAUCCACAUAAUCAUACUAAAUUGGAUAUGGUCAACUAUAUAGUUAAUUAUUUAGAGACAGAUACUGUACUCUUUCAAACGAAUGAUUCCGGCGAUCUGUAUAAUUUUCAAUUAAAGAAGUGGGACCCUGUAAUUCAAUGGUUUUGUGAUCGUUAUCAAGUUGAUGUCACCAAAACAUUGAGUAUAAAAGCACCACUUGUAUCUCCGCAAACAAAAGAAACAUUAGCCAGGCACUUGUUAUCCUACAAUUUUAAUGCAGUGCAAGGAUACACAUAUGCUGUUGAUACAUUGAAAUCUGUUAUUUUGGCACUGGCCACAGCUGAGAGAACUAUUUCAGUUGAAACAGCAGUUUCUUUGGCUCGUUUGGAAGAGGAAUACCAGGUCUCGUUUUGGGGGAAUGUCGAGUGGUCACACGAGCUUAACAAACAGGAUUUACAAUCGCGAUUGUCAGCUGCCAUGUUAUUCGUCCACUUGAAUUCAUCUUGGACCACAUCUAAACCAAAAAAUGAUGAGUUGAACAAUUUAUGAAUGAAUACAAAACCUAGAAAUCUACGCAAAACAAUAACUGCUACAUAAAAUUAACAUGUAUGUAUAAUAUAAUUGCGUAAUGGGUUUAGUAUUUAUUACUAAUUAUUUAUUACCAUUUUUAGUUUGUAUCUAUGAAUUGUCAGGCUAUAAAUCUCUGUCUAGUUAUAUAUUUUGGCAGCAAGAGUUACGACAAUGACUACAUUGAUGUUGGUUUAGAACAGUCUGGUCCUUCCCAAUCCUUCGUGCAGACGCAACUGUAAAUAAGAAUUUUACAAUGUCACUAAUAUACAUGGAAUGUAUAAAAUCAUAAAAGAUAAAAAAUACUUGUCAGAAUUCAA